AUCUCCAUCAGUUAUAAACUCUACCAUAACCAUGGCAUACUACAAUUCCAUUUUCAGUGUUGUAGUAGCCUUGUUGGCUACCACUUUCUUCUGCAGCUAUUCGGCUAACUCCAAUGUAUCAAGUGUAGCUGUGGAGCAAGAAGCAAAGGCUCUGCUGCAAGCUGGGUGGUGGACUCAUGACUCACUCGACACCAGCACUCCGUCUCCUUGCAACUUCUCUGGUGUUACUUGCAAUCGCUUUGGAAGCAUUACUCAUAUUUCUCUACUUCACAAUUCCAAGGUGCAAAAAAAUCUUGGCAGAUUUCUUAACAGCUCUUCUUUCCCAAAUUUAGUCCAUCUUGAUCUUGCAGAGGCUGGACUCGUUGGGAGCAUCCCACCAGAAAUAGGUACGCUUUCAAAGCUCACGUACCUGAGCCUCUCCAACAAUAAUCUUACAGGUGAUUUACCUCUUUCACUUGGAAACCUCUCCCAGUUGUUGAGGCUUGACAUUUCUUAUAAUCAUAUCAACGGUUCCAUUUCUCCUCAAUUAGGAAAAUUGAGCAAUCUCGGUGUCUUAAAUUUGAGCUCCAACCAAAUCAAUGGUCGAAUGCCUCCAACACCUGGUCUUUUAUUCAACCUCACUCACCUGGAUAUUUCUAGCAACCAAAUCAAAGGUGAGUUGCCUCGUUCAUUAACAAGCCUUGAUAAGUUAGUUUCCUUGUCCCUGUCUAGUAACGAGCUCAAUGGAACACUCCCAUCAACUCUGGACCAAUUAACCAAACUAACUACUCUGUCACUUGGCUGGAAUCAAAUAAAUGGUAAAGUUCCUCCAGAAUUAGGAAACCUAAGGAACAUUCAAAGUCUAGACCUUGAUGGGAACAUGUUUAAUGGACCACUCCCUUCAACUUUGGGUCACCUUAUCAAUUUAACUCAUUUAUCAUUUUAUGGCAACCAAAUCAAUGGUUCAAUCCCUCCACAAAUAUGGAAUUUAACAAACCUUACUUAUCUAGACCUAAGCGGUAAUAUGUUCAUCGGCCAACUACCUUCAGCUCUGGGUCAAUUAACUAAUUUGUCCACACUGUAUCUUAAUUCAAACCAGUUUAGUGGAUCCAUCCCUUUAGACAUAGGAAAGCUAGUCAACCUGCAAACUCUAUGGUUAGCUAACAAUAUGUUCACUGGACCAUUGCCUUCAACAUUGCUUCAUUUAACCAAUUUGAAUAGUUUGUAUCUUUCCUACAACCAGUUGAACAGAUCCAUCCCUUCAGAAAUAGGAAAGCUAGUCAGCCUUCAAACUCUGUUGUUGUCUUCUAAUAUGUUCACUGGAUCCAUCCCCCAAGAAGUUGGAAAUCUAAAAAAUCUUACCUAUUUGUCUCUUUGGAAUAACAACUUAACAGGUCCAAUUCCUUCAGCUAUUUGUAAUUUAACCAAACUGGAAAGCCUGUAG